AAAGCAGCUGGGUGAGUUUGAGUCCCCAUUUUUCUUUUUUCUUCGUACAAUACCGAGGAGUUAAAACAAUCUUGGUGUAAAAUGCUAAUAGAAUAAAUUGAAGAUCACUAAAGUGAGGACGGUAACCUGCAGACAAUGGCGGUCUCCCAAACCUCAGUGCAUCUUCUGCCACUCUUGGUGGUUGGGAUCGCAUGUGUUUCCUCAUUGGCCUUAACAACUUCCAACACAACAGAAGUUCAACAUCUACCAACGCUUCACAACAGCACUGCUUCAACACCAGCCAAUGGUAUUCCUGGAUCUUGCCACGGCAUAAAUCUACAAGAUGCCAGUCGCAGUAUGUGGAUGGCAGCAGAUGUGUUUGUAAGGGAUCUUACUUGUAAAAGAUCUGAUGCAAAUGCAAGCCUGUCAGAGGAACUGUUUCUGGAGAUGGAACAAAACAUUCGGCACUUAGUGGACUCGUCCUUAAAAGCUUACUUGAUCCAGGGUGACAACCAAUCCAGAGCUGAUCUUCUGGAAAUAUUUGGAGUCCUGGAUAGUCUAAAUCUGGGUGACUACCGUGACCCAACAUUCAUCAGACUGUGGUUCUCUCUCAAGAUGGCUCCUCUUUUGCCUUACGUGGCUCAAAGCUUCUUAGUCCAACUGGGCAACCAGAACUUCAGCUGCAGUUCUUACCAACAAAUGAUGGAGUCUAUGUCCACUGAACUUCAGAAAACACAAGGUGUUGACAGGGAACUAAUCUACAGUAAUUUCAUCAAAGUGUUCCUGUCAAGAACAAACUCACCAGAGCCUGGAUGCAAAGACAAAAGUACAGGAAGUGAAGAAUGGCUGCAAAGAAACAUUGGGAUUUUUUUAAAAUUUGCAACUAUUAAGGAACUUAAAGAAAUGAAUAACAACUUCUCUGCCAUUGAAGUCCUGGAAAAACUUUCACUGCAACAGAAGGCUGAGCUAAUACUGGAUCCAGACAGCGGCGCUUUGGAGGAUGUCAACUUUGUGAGGGAGGUGCUCACCAGCUUGAAACUGUCCGGCCAGGACGAACAGCUCAGUCAGUUUUUCCAGACGUUUGCACAAAUCAGCGAGAAGAAAAACAUUACCUUCAUCACAAACGCAGCUGUACGAGAGACCAUACUGAACAUAAGCCUGACAGCCCUUGCGCCUGCAUUUGAGGUCUUUGGAGCACAAGAAUUCCAGCUGUGGUUCCAAGUCUACCUUGUUCCUGUGAUGCCAGGUCUCCGUCCUGCCUACCUGUGGGUGAUUCCAAAGGACAUCAGCUGUGCAUCCUACAUGGCCAUUCUCACUGGUCUUCAGAAAACAUUGAACUUCCCUCUACCACUGGAGUUGUCAAUGGGCAUCAAUUCAAGCAUCGAGUUCCUCAAAGAGACUUUCCCACGUUGCUUGACACCAGAAUCUUUCACGUGCAAGGAAACAGUUGUUGAUGAGAACCUCCUCUGCGCUGAGGUCAAUAGGUCACUAGUCCAACAAACACUGGCAGCUGACAACUCCUCUGCAGCCUUGUGCUCUUUUACCAUCACUGAACAUGCCUGCUCUGUGGCUGACCAGCUUGCACCGCAAAACCUGGCCACACUGCUGAAGUGCUCGCUGGAAAGCCAAACGACAUACCCCGUAGAAGCGUGGAAGCUCUUCUUUCAGAAAGUUUCCUCUUCCCUGAAUGACACCCUUCAGACAUUUGCCACCAUGACCUCCAACAACAGCAGGCCAGCCUUAUCAAACGCCCUUGAUGCUCUGAGAGAGGUGCGACUUGCCAACCUCAGCGACGCAGAACUACAGAGUAGGACUGUCAUGGGGGAUCUGGUCCAGAGAGUUAUUGGUCCGUUCUUGGCCUCCCCAUCCACAAACUUCCUGUUCUGCCUCAGCUCCUACAACUUCAGCUGCCUGACCUACCAGAUUGUUGUCAAGGAAUUGAGCAACCAAAGGCAACUCAUGAACAGUGAUAAGCAGCAAGCAGUCUUUACUUAUUUCAUCAAACUGUUCCUGUCACGAAAGGAGUCAUCGGAUCCUGGCUGCACUUUGUCCAGCAAUGGGAGUCAGGAUUGGCUACAGGCAAACCUCGGCAGCUUUGCUGGUUUUGCAACCGUCCAGGAUUUGCAAACCCUCAACCCACACGUGUCUACCAUUGAAAUAUUGUCAGUACUGACUCCCUCUCAAGUGGUGCAGCUCCUAAUAAGUGCAGGGAGCUCAAACGACACAACCCUGAUUGAUCUUGCCUUUGACCGACUUGAAAAGUGUGAUGCUCUGGAAAACCUGGACGAAUUCCUCACACAGCUCUCAGUGAAUGGACAGGUGGGUCCCAGUGCCAAUCACGGACUUAAGACGUACCAAUCUUAG